CUCGCGUUCGGCCGGCGCGCGUGUACUUCCCUCGACUCCGACGACUUACGAAGUUACGAUUACGACUCCGACGACUUACGAAGUCACGACUACGGUUCCAAAGACGACGACGACGACUCCGACGGCGGUGGUGGCGGCGUUGGCGUCAUAAUAAUCAUCGCAUUAUUUGUUUUCACCUCCCCCGUCGUCACCGGAGACAAUACUGCUGUAUUGCAGUUGUCUCAAUCGUGAUAAUUCGCAGCUAUAAAAAGCCACCAAAUUAAAUAAUAUUAAUGUUCACUGAACUAUAAUGUCCAUAUUACCACCUUCGCGUGGAAAAAUUGUAUUCGGACUGGGUAUAGCCUACUUACUGGUGCAGUUUUUAUAUGUAAGCUAUUACAACGAAACACGUCGCUUUGACAAUCUGAUUGCAACGACAACGCAAGAAUACUUUCCAUCGACUAAUCCUGUGCCAAUAACUCACCUCAAUCUUUCCGGUAUUCAAACUAUGUUUUAUAAUGAUGUUCAGACUAUAGAGACAAAAGACAAAAAUCUUCUCAUGCCGUGUCCACAAACUCCACUUGCUUUAAAUGGAACAGUGCGUUUGCUUGUACCUGCUCAGGAAACUUUAGAAGAAGUGGCGCAGGAGUUAUCCUGGCUGAGAUUUUUAGAAGGCGGACGCCAAAUGCCUUUAGAUUGUCAUGCGAAAUAUAAAAUUGCAAUUAUAGUGCCUUAUAGAAACCGACUAGCCAAUCUUUGUUCAUUCCUUUUAAAUAUGCAUCCAUUUUUAACAAAACAACAGUUGGAUUACACUAUAUUUAUCAUAGAACAGUUCGACGAUGGACUCUUUAACCGGGCGAUGUUAAUGAACGUUGGGUUUACCGAAGCUUUAAAGUUACACGAUUUUGAUUGUUUCUUUUUCCAUGAUGUAGACCUUAUACCAGAGAAUGAUAGAAACAUAUACAGUUGCCCUGAUCAGCCAAGACACAUGUCAGUAGCUAUUGACAAAUUUAAUUACAGACUGCCAUAUGUGGAUUUAUUCGGUGGAGUUAUAGGAAUGAGCCGAAAGCAUUUCCAGCUGGUCAACGGAUUCAGUAAUAUGUUCUGGGGGUGGGGUGGCGAAGACGACGACAUGGCGUCUCGGGUCAAGGCACAUGAUCUAAACAUCACCAGAUACCAUCCGGACGUGGCACGUUAUCACAUGUUAACACAUGCCCAACAAAAGGCCAACCCAAAAAGGUACGAAAAAUUGUACAGCGGCCGGAAACGAUUCAAAACGGAUGGACUUAACAAUCUCGAGUACCGGGUAAAAGCGUUGAAACAAUUGCCGCUGUUCACAUAUUUGCUGGUUGACUUGACUAGUAGGCGUAGUUGAUGGACGAUGAUGAUGUGGCACUGGCCGUUUGGUCAGCAAGCCGCUUAAAAAAAAAGCCAUUUAUGGUCUCUCUCACUCUCUCUCUCUCUCUCUCUCACUACACUAUAUUUCUCUCUCUCCCUUUCUUAUCCGUGAGAGUCCCGUGGCAUAUUGUUAUUUUUAUUUUAAAAUUUAUUUACAAUGUAAAAUAAGUAUAAGUACGUAAUAUUUAUGUAUGUAUUAUGUAAACAUUUUUUUCUUUAUAUAUAUAUUAUAUUGUAUUAAACUAUCAGGGUUAUCGUUCCCUGAUUUGGUGCUAAACUAAAACAUGUAUUGUUAUUUGCAUAUGCACUUGAAUUAUAUAUGUAUAAAAUGGGGAGUUAUAUACGGCCGAAUAGAUAUCGUCGGACUCACGAGGAAAAAAAUCAAAAUCCGAUGUACUUUUAUUAUUUAUUACUAUUAUUAUUAUUAUUAUUACUAGUACCUAUCAUUAUCCCUCGAUUUUCGGAAAAUUCGUGUCGAAAUUAAAAUAAUAUAGAAACAACGAAUGUAUGUUUUAGCACAAAACAAUAAUAAUAUUCCAUUAGACAAGCAUAGAACACAGCGAUCGCAACCCAACAGACGUUUGAAUAAAAUAUAAUACUUGCAGUAUUACGGUUUCUCUGCAGUGUCUGGACGCGGCGUCUAGUGUUGACUACCGGUCCGGACAUAUCAACGUCCAGACGAUGCAGGGAAACCGUACCUUUACGCGGUAUUUCUUAACGAUCUCAUCAUUGUCUAACUUAAUGUCUGUUAAUAACAACUUUCUUCAAAAACUCAAAAACUCCAAUCAGAUUUUUGUAAAAUUUAAUAUUAUUAAUAUUAUGAUUACCCCGAUAAAAUUUUAAACGAUUACAAUGACCUAUUAGAUUAAUUAGGACUUGUUAACAUGAUACCUAUUUAGUAGUUUUUUAACAUACCGGUCAUUUUUUCACUCGGUAACAUCAAAUAUUUCAUAUGAUUAUAAAUUACAUAUUAUAUAAUAUUACAUUAU